GACCUCAUGCUCUGUUCAUCAGUUUCGUUUCAGCUUCUUGGCCCAGUUUGGAAGAGCUUAUUUGAGCUUAUCUGAUAACAUAAGCUCUUAUGCCAGUGUUUGGGAGAGCUUAUGCAAACAGCUUAUGGUCUGCAAUAAGCUAUUUUCAGCUUAUUUUCAUAAGCUACUCAGGAUAGCUUAUGAAAAACAGCUUAUGCUUAUACACAGCUUAUUUUUAAUUUAUUUCAAUAAAUUUUUAAAAAUAGCUUAUGAAUAAGCGCUUAUGUCAUAAGCGCUUAUGACCAUAAGCGCUUAAUUAAGCUGUUUAUCCAAACGGGUAGUCUCGUUACCUGCUUAUUAAUCUCAAAUGCACUCAUUGCAGUGACAGCACCUUUCAAAUUCACGACAUUUUCUGAUUCUCUCCUCUCUAAUACUUUACGAGAAAAGCGUUUAUGAAUGAGGUUGAUGGAGAUAAAUAUAGCAAAAGUGGAAAAAGAGGAAGAAAUAUCGAACCUCGAUAUUGUUGGCGGUAGAGUUUUGCAAAAUUGUCAGUGUAAUGAAUUGGAAGAGAGAAGCAAGAAAACUGAAGUGAGGUGUGCGGAGUUAGAAAUUGAACUUCAAAAGGAAACGGAUUACUGUGGAGUUCUUGAGGCUAAAGUCAAGGUAUUGGAGAGAGAAAAGUUUGAACUUGAAAAUGAGCUGAGAGUUUUGAAGAUGGUGGGCGAAGGACUUAACAGACCAGAAGCUGUCGUUUGUGAAAAAGAGAGAGCAAAAACACCAAUUAUUGAUUUGAAAAGGGACAAUGAGGCUGUUCAGCUAAUGACUGAAAACAAAGUUUUGGAAUGUCAGAAGGAAAGGGCUCAGAGUGAGUUUGAGGUCAGCAAAGACAAUUACAAGUUUCUGGAAUCACAGGCCUUACAGUCGGAGAUGGGAAGGGGCAAUUGUUUUCAUGAAGAAAAUGGAAUGAAGCCAGAGCAUAAACAGAUAAGUACUGAAGGAUACAUGCAUCAUGCAAGCUUUGAUUACCAGCAGAAUCAGGAGAAAGUCACAGAUUUCAGGAAUGAUGAUUCUUGUAUUUCUCCUUCUAAUGAAUUUGGAGAUAUGCAAUUAGCAGGGACACCUUCUAAUGGCAUAUUUCACAGAAGUUCUAUGGUGCUACCUCGAAGAAAUGUUAGAAAACAGUUGACAUUUAAAACUGAAGAGAGUCCCAACAAAAAGUUGAUUCCAUCUUUAACCAUCAAUUCAAAAUCUACUUCUGUUAGUGUGAUUGAUAUCAGUGACAGCGACGAGGAGGUACCUUCUCACGACCCGGUACCACAUCGGCAGGGUAGCGGAAAUAUUUUAAUUUCAACAAGUUUUGCAGCAGGAAAUGGAAAGAACUCUCACAGCAGUUGUGCCCAAAACAAUGAGGAAAAUUUAGAUUUUAGUGAAGAACCCUUAUUUGUUGCUAAUACUAAGAGGAAACGAACUUGUAAUGUUGUUACAAGUGAGUCUGAAAGUGAUGAUGAAGAUAAUAUGCCAAUUAGUAAACUUAAAAGGAUACAUAUUCAGGAAGCAAGUGCUGACCAAGUCAGACAUGGCUCUAAUAGUUCCCUGACAGCAACUAUUUCAGAGGAUGACAAGUUCACUGACAAUGUAAAGAAAGCGUAGGCGCCGUCUACAACCUCUGAGUAAAUGUUUAAGCAAACACCAGGAAGAAAAGUCUUCAUCCAGACCACAUAGGGCCAAACAUCAGCGAAGGGUUCCGAGAAAUGAUGAUGCCGAUGAUGAUCAAUCAAUUGAGGAUUUGUCAUACAGUGAAGGAGAAAGCAUGAGUAAUUUUAUUGUUAAUGAUUCUGAUGUAUCUGAUAGUGGAGACACUUUUAGCAAGUCAGAAGAUGGAUCUAAUGGUGAUGUGGACACUGCUUCCAGUAACUUACAAGAUGUAUCCGAUGGGGAAAUGAACUUUGGUGAGAUAUUAUCAAAAAUUCGGAGGAGCAAAAACAACAACGAAAUGAAGUGGGAAUAUGAGGGUGACAUGCUUGCAGCAUUUGGAAAAGAUCCAGAGUUGUGUAUGAAGGCCGUGUGUUCUCUUUACCGACAGCAAACUUCUGAGGAACAGAUGAGCAAGGAAGCAAUUUACCAGAACAACCGUGGAUUCAGCAAGUUUGAUGCUCACAGAGGCAGUGCUUUGGCUGAGUUCCUCACAGAUGGAGAUCCUAGUAGUGGCUUAAAGAAGUCUGUGGAGGACCUGCAAGAAUAUGACCCCAAAGCAGUUGAACUGUGCAGAACACUAGCUAUUCGCUACUCAAAGCAACUUUAUGAGAUUUACAAGAAUAAUGAGGAUCCCUUUUUUCCUUGACUAGGGCAGCAACUGGUUCCGUCUCAAGCGUUAGGAAUCAUGUGUAUACUGAUGUCUCGGGUACUGUUAGCGCCAAACAGUAGCAUUCUCCAUUAGGAAUUAGGUUCGGAAUAUGUAUAGAUUGCUUGCAUAUAUGCAUCAAUUUUUGAAAUUUUCCGGUUUGCUAUGGCAAUCUGUUGUUUAAUGUGUUAGAAUUAUUUGUUAAUUUUCUUUUGUGUGCUCCGGUAAACACAAAAUAACAAAACAAACUAAGGUAUAGACAAAGAGUCUGUAAUGAGAAGAGUCUCCCGUUCCUUAGGGGAACCUCGGCAAAGUCUAAUA